UUUAAACUCCGAACUCCAUACCAAAAAAGAAAAUACCAACAUUUGCUUUCUGGUUUAUAGGAGAUGUGGACAACUCCAGGAAGAAGAAAGGUAUAUGGUGACAUAUUAUUGUUACUUGGGAUACUUCUGGUUUUGGUUAAUAUAAAUGGUGCUGCAAUCCUAAAGGUGAGAGGUUUGGACUCGCUCGAUGACUCGGCAGCGGGUUGCGGCAGAAGGUUCAGUGCCUCCUUGACAGACUUUGGUGGUGUUGGUGAUGGGGUAACAUCAAAUACAAUGGCUUUUCAGACUGCCAUUGAUAGCCUGAGCCAGUUUGCCUCGUAUGGCGGAUCGUUACUCUUCGUUCCGCCGGGAAAAUGGUUGACCGGUAGCUUUAAUCUCACCAGCCAUUUCACUCUGUAUCUGCAUAAGGAUGCUACUAUUCUUGCUUCACAGGAUGAGAAUGAAUGGGCUGUUAUCGACCCUCUACCGUCCUACGGCCGAGGAAGGGAUGCAGCUGGAGGAAGGUACAUCAGUCUUAUUUUCGGAACCAACCUCACCGAUGUGGUCAUAACAGGAGAAAAUGGAACUGUUGAUGGUCAGGGUGUGACCUGGUGGGACAAAUUCCACAAGGGAGAGCUUAAAUACACAAGGCCUUACCUUAUUGAGAUAAUGUACUCACAAGAUGUUCAAAUCUCUAAUAUCACAUUGAUGAACUCCCCAUCUUGGAAUGUUCAUCCUGUUUACAGCAGCAAUGUCGUAGUUCAAGGGUUAACGAUCCUCGCACCAGUGACUUCUCCGAAUACCGAUGGGAUCAAUCCAGACUCUUGCACGAAUACAAGGAUCGAGGACUGCUACAUUGUGUCCGGAGACGAUUGUAUAGCCGUUAAGAGCGGGUGGGAUCAGUAUGGUAUCAAAUUCGGCAUGCCAACAAAGCAACUAGUGAUCAGACGUCUCACCUGCAUUUCUCCUUUCAGUGCGGUGAUUGCACUCGGUAGCGAGAUGUCCGGUGGGAUCGAGGAUGUUAGGGCGGAAGACAUCACAGGCAUCAAUUCGGAGUCAGCCGUACGGAUCAAGACCGCCGUGGGAAGAGGGAACUAUGUCAAGGACAUAUAUGUGAGGAGGAUGAGUAUGAAAACUAUGAAAAUGGUGUUUUGGAUGGCAGGGAACUACGGCUCUCAUCCAGACAACGAUUAUGAUCCGAAUGCGAUUCCGGUUAUCCAGAACAUAAACUUCCGAGAUGUCGUUGCGGAGAAUGUGACAAUGGCAGGUAGACUGGAAGGAGUUCCAGGGCAUCCAUUUUCUGGUAUAUGCAUAUCUAACGUUACCAUUGAACUAGCAAAAAAGCCAAAGAAGGUUCAAUGGAACUGCAGUGAAAUCUCUGGGGUUUCAAGUGAUGUUACUCCUAAGCCAUGCAAUCUGCUUAUGGAUCAAGGACCGGAGAAUACCUGUAACUUUCCGGAGGAGGAUUUCCCACUCUAAAUUGUGCUCUUUACAUGAUUUGACAAAAUGAAGUGAAGAUCAAAUUUCUUCUUUAUCAAAUAAUGUUAUCAAAAAUUUCAAACCAGUAAAUGAACAUUUAAGUUUCUCUC